AUGCCUCUCUCUAACUGGUUCAAACAAUCCCACGCCGCUUCAUACCCGGACUCGAUAACAUUUAUCGAUGCAACUGGUGCUGCUGCUGCUGAUUUCAACUCCAACUUAUUAAACUCCAACUCUUCUAAAAUACAACAAUCAUCUUCACAUUCAUCUCCGCAUUCAAUCACUUCGUCUUCUUCUUCUCUUUCUUCCUCUUCUUCAGUAUCCAAUACUCUAGAAGAUAUCCAUUUAUUUAAUAACGUCAAAUCUAAUAUGACGACAACUUCUUCACCUAUAAAUAUCGCCACACCAACCAGAAACGCUUCGUCAUCGCCAUCGUCCCAAGGCAAUAAAAAUAAUUCAAAUUACCUCGACCCAGAUUCACGAACUUCUGCCAGAAUCAUGACCACCGGUACAGGAUUCGACGACCAUAUGGGUCGUUCUCGACAAGAAUCAUAUGCAGCAGCAAAACCCAUAUCCAUGAACAAUCCAAACAGAAAUAAUGAUCGUCCUCGUCGCGAAAGUUUAGCAGGUAGCCUCGUGGGAGGCAUGAGUUGGGGAGGCGUUUCCGUUGGAAGUUGGAUUCGUGACGACAUUAUCAUGGCCGGCACAUCACCAUUUCCAUAUCAGUCACCAUCGUAUCAUUCUUCCUCGUAUCUUCCCAAGCUUGAAGCCAAUUUCAUGAAAGAUUUCAGCUGUUGUGGCAACACAUUAGCAACACUACACGACCUUUUACAGCAUUAUGAGGAGUCUCAUGCGCAACAGACCCCAGCAUCACUUCGAAAUAAUUCAUCUAUUGUACGAGCUCGGGAAAACGCAAUGCCCAACGGUAGAGCAGGUAUGGCAGCACCAAAUACAUCUGCCGUACAACAUCAUGCUCAGCAGCAGCAAAACCAACCAUCACAACAGCCUCGGCUUUCGGGCUUGCAGAUGCCACAAGCUGGUGCAAGCGUAGGAGGUAUUCAAUUGAUGCGCCAACAGCAACGUUCACAACCAGCUACUCCUAUACAAAAAUCUAAUCAAGGUGCUAUCGAUGACAUGGAUGGAGUUGAAGAUAUGGAAAUGGACGAUGCUAUCGGACCUAUGGAUUCGACCCCGGAUACGCCGGUUCAAGCUUCUCAUCAUCAGCCUGUUCAGGCAGCACAACAGUCUAUGUUCGGUCAGCAACCAAGACCCACCAUUAAUCUCAACUCCACCAUGCAACACUCUGGACUCCGUACAUCUCAACCAGCCACUCCCGCAGCUUCCUCUUUUGGAAUUCACAACAACCCGACUGUUUCUUCUGUUAACACCCCUACUUUGACAGCACAACCCAUGCAGCAAUCACAGAAAUUUUCACCAGAUACCUCGGCUCCCGGCACGCCAUCAGAAAUGGAUGGAGACUAUACAAGUAUGCCCAUGAAUAUGAACAUGGGAAAUAGAAAUAUGAACAUGAAUAAUAUGAAUUUUCCGUUCAAUUUCGGUGGAAAUGAUUUGGGCUUAGAACUUUGUAUCGACGAGCCGGCUAAGCGUCUCUAUAGUCCCAACGGUGGUGGUUUUAGUAACCAAAGGGCUCUUCAACAACAAUUUGCUCAAUUUGGUUUGGGGCAAGCACAAUUUGCAAAUAAUGCAGAUUUAAUGAGAGCAUACCAGCAACAACAAUUGAUGGCGAGCAUGAACGCAAUGGGAGAUCCUACAGGGUUAAUGAUGGGAGAAGAGCACAAACCAUUCCGAUGUCCCGUUAUUGGAUGUGAAAAGGCCUACAAGAAUCAAAAUGGUCUCAAGUAUCACAAGACGCACGGACAUCAAACUCAACAAUUACACGAAAACGGUGAUGGUACGUUCUCCAUUGUCAAUCCAGAAACUUCGAUUCCAUACUCGGGCAACGAAGGUAUGGAAAGAGAGAAGCCAUAUAAGUGUGAUUACUGCGGCAAGAGAUAUAAAAAUUUAAAUGGUCUCAAAUAUCAUAAACAACACUCUACCCCUUGCGAUCCAGAUCUUAAAUUAAACAACCACUUAGCUGCUGCUGGGCUAGGUGGUCUCGGAGUCCCAAUGGGAGGUUUGCCCGGCAUCGGUGAGGAAGGCAUGAUGUGA